AUGGGUGGCUGGAACGGGCGGAACAGCAGCAGCAGCGGCGGCGGCGCCGGCGACCAGGUGGGCGAGCGGCUGAGCUGCAGUGGGUGGGUGGCUAGCUGGCGAGCGGCGUUCAGCCUGCUGGGGGCGGCGAUGGAGACGUACAGGGCAGGGGAGGACGGCCAGGGAUGGCUCAGUGGCGGCGAAGCUGAUCGGAACAGUGAAACAGAGAGAGACAGGCGGACGGACGGUGGGGCGCGGCUUGGAGAGAGAAGCGGCGGCGCGGACGGCGGGAAGGGCGGCGACCAGGCGACGGCGAGCUGGUGGCCGGCCAAGGGGGGUUUCACGCAAGGGGAGAGGGGAGAGAGAGAGCCGGUUCGGUGGAGGGGUGAGGAGAGAGAAUAA